AAAACCCGGUCGCUUCGCUUCUCGCCGCUCCCUUCAAUCCUCUUUGGCUCGUCUCCCUCCCCACGAGAAUUCCAACGCGAGAAAUUUCUGCACGCUUGUUCUCCCUUGACCGCUCUCUCUACGAAUAAAUUUUCUGUCGUUUAUACUUCUUAUAUCUAAUUCCUAUUCAUUUGUCUGUGCGGGUUGUUUGUUUUGGUGGGGAGUCGGGUUUGGGCGUUGAGCUCUCCCUUUCUCCUCCUUCCUUAUUGCUCUUUGAUUUUUUCUUUUGGGUGGGUUGGUAGUUGACUCGAAUUGAAGCAAUCUUUUCUUUAUGAUCUCAUCAUCUAAUCGUGGUGUAAUCUUGAAGAAAUCGCUCUUAUCUUCGAUCUUAAUAUUUGGAGCUCGAUUCUGAGGGUGGUGGUUUAUGGCGGCAAUGGAUGGGCGGAGGGGCGGAGAGGGGUUUGUAAACCGCGCGGUUUUGCUGCUGCUUCUUGGGUUUCUUGGGGCUUCGACGGCUCUGAGGCCUCUCAGGGAGAGGGCUUCUACUGCCACUGGAUCUUGGGAUGACGAGAGGCUUUUCCUUAGAAGAGAUGACAGGGACAUGAGUUCUUAUUCUGCUUGGAAUAUUACAGGAACAUAUAGAGGAAGGUGGAGCUUUGCGGAGACCAUGAAUGGCUCUUCUAGAUUUCUAAAAUUUAGGAAAUCUAAUGGUUUAUCUGUCUUGGAGUUAGUGAGCACCCCAACAAAGAUAAGUGGUGUACACUAUGUUCAGGGAGCAGUAACUUUUCAUGAUGUAUUUGAAAAUGAACAUGAUAAUGGAGUUGCUUGCGUGAGAGUGGAAGGUGUGUAUAUAUGGCCCUUCAAGCAACUUCGAAUGGUAGCCAACAGUGGAGCAGAUGGUGAGCUACGUCAAGAAGAGGAUUACUUUUUGUCAAAUCCAUAUCAUUUGCUUGGAAUGUUCUCCUCUCAAGUGUUUCAAGAAUCACCUCGAGAUAGAAUUCCCAGGAAAAAAUCAUUCACUUAUGACAUGGAGAAACGUUGUAACAUAGAGAUUGCUGCUCAGGUUUCGUGUCUCUCAUCUGGCCAAAACGAUGGGGAUCAUGAGCGUUAUCGUUUGGAGGGUUUAAUGGAGAGUCCGGCUGUGGAUGAUGAUGGAGAGUGCUUCUCACCAAUACUAUUGAAUGCCACAUCACUGAACAUUGAGGUUUACUACAACAAAGCAGUUAAUUAUACACUGAUGGUCACAUUUAUCUCUUUUCUCCAAGUUCUGCUGCUGCUAAGACAGAUGGAGCAUAGCAAUACGCAGUCUGGUGCUGCUAAACUGUCUAUUCUAAUGAUUGGGCAGCAAGCUAUUAUGGAUGCGUAUUUGUGUCUUGUACAUUUGACUGCUGGGAUCUUAGUUGAGUCCCUAUUUAAUGCUUUUGCAACAGCUGCCUUCUUCAAAUUUGUCAUUUUUUCCAUUUUUGAGAUGAGAUAUCUUCUUGCUAUAUGGAAGGCUAGGAGACCUAUGAACAAUGGAGAAGGUUGGGAAACAAUGAGGCGAGAGCUGUCAAUGCUCUACAGCCGUUUCUAUGGCAUUCUUUUAGGAGGCAUUCUUGUUGUGUAUGAGUUGCACAAUUUCUUGCGUCCUAUUCUUUUCAUUAUGUAUUCCUUUUGGAUACCCCAAAUAAUUACUAAUGUAAUUCGGGAUACAAGAAAACCCCUGCACCCUUAUUAUAUAUUAGGCAUGACUCUCACUCGGCUGGCAAUUCCAUUAUACAUAUUUGGCUGCCCAAGCAACUUUAUGCGUAUUGAGGUUGACACAAAUUGGUGCAUAUCUUUGGGAGUAUUCUUGGGAUUGCAAGCAUCAAUUCUCCUCCUUCAGCAUUACCUCGGUUCUCGAUGGUUUAUUCCUCAUCAGAUUCUACCUGAGAAAUAUAGCUACUACAGGAGGCUUGAGAGUGAUGUGACUCGAAAUACUGAUUGCGUCAUUUGCAUGACUGCAAUUGACCUUACACAGCGGUCAGAUGACCACAUGGUGACCCCUUGUGACCAUUGCUUCCAUUCCGGCUGCUUGCAAAGAUGGAUGGAUAUAAAGAUGGAAUGCCCAACUUGUAGGCGUUCCCUGCCCCCAGCAUAGGACGGAACCUGUUCUGUAGUUCUAGAUGCGAUCAAACAUUUAGGAACAAAUCACAGGGUCAGGAUGGAAAUUUGGGGGAAAAUCUUUGAUUACUUUAUCUCAUUGCUGGAGAACCAUUUAAUAUAGAGGAAAAGAAAAGUACAUAACUGCACGGUUAGACACAUUUUGCAUAGUUCAUGUAAUAUAUGCAAUCAUGUAUCAUUUUAGCUUGUUCUUUGCUGGGGCAGUCUCCUCCGAGCACGCUGCUGUACAUUUAUGUUCCAAUGUUGGUCUGAAAACAACUUGGAAAGCAGAAGCUCAAGAACCAGAUUCAGUACACAUUACAGCAAACUCAAGUGUACUGACAUCAAAAAAGUGUUAAAAAGUGUUAGGUGCUAUAUAAAUCUAUAUAUUCUGAAGAUCCAUGUAAAGUUUUUAGUUGACUUUGAUGGCAGGCUGGCAACAUGCAGCAAUUUCUCAUGGGAAUGUUUUUAUA